AUGUCAAUUGAAGAUAUUGAUGGAGCAAGUGUUGAAGAAUUUGAUCCUUAUCGUGCUACUGGUCUCUGGCACAUACUUGCCACAAAUCUUAAUAUAUGGAAAAAUAAACUAACCCCUACAGUAACUUAUAGUAUUCAUGAUCAAUUGCCCGAUGGACGUGUUCGUUUGAAUAAUCUUGUUGAAUAUUAUAGUAAACGACUUUGUGUUGGUUAUCGUCCAGCAAGUAUCGAAGGUAUUGAUACACAAUUACCAAAUAAACCAAGUCGUUAUCAAUGGCAAGGUAAUGGUAUAUUAAAAUUCUUUACCAAUGAAUCAGGAUUUAUUUUUGUCGAUAAUGAAACAACAUCUGAUCGACCUUAUCAAUGGGUAGCAAAAAUAUAUAGUCCAACACUUUUUUCUAGUGGUGGAAUCGAUUUAAUGACACGUACACGACAACCACCGACGCAUAUCCUUAAUGAUUUUGUACAAUUUUGUCGUGAUCAUCCUAUAUUAAAAUCAAAAUCAGCGAAUAUGUACUAUACACGAGAAAAAGCUGGUAAUGAAAUUUAUUAUAUACAAGAUCUUCAAAUAGAUUAA